AUGAGUAAUGCUAGUACGAACUCAGAGGCUCCUUCGCAUAGGGACCUUCUAAUCCAGGCCAAACAGCAGCAGAAGCAGGAUCUAGCUGACUCAGCUAGGCUCUCAGAGACACUAGUUAGAACGGUGAAUGCUAUAGUUAAGGUGAACUCUGUGGCUAAUAAUCCCAAUUGUCCGCCUCUUCUUGAUAAGAUAACGACGAUACAUGAGCUAGAUAAGGAGAUAGACCGGCAAUUGAAGAAGGAUGUGUGUGUGAACUAUGAGAAGCUCGUUCAGGCCAAGGAGAGGCUAGGGAGAGAGAUCUCCAGGGCGAAUAGGGCGUUUAGGGUGGAAAAGGAGGGAGAAACAAGGGUGGAUAUCCUACAACGGAAGGCAGAACAGCUGGACCAGGAUUUGCGGGUGCUAGAGAAUACGCUUCUGUUGUUGAAGCAGCAGCCUACCAGUUGA